AUGAAUACAGAGGUUGAGGGAAGAACUACACUUGCUACAAAUCAACACAUCCAAACACAGUCAGGUUGGGAGAUGGGUAUAAAAGGAAUGUGCAUUGGAGAAAAAAGAAAAUUGAUCAUCCCUCCUCACCUAGGGUAUGGAGCCCGCGGAAUUCAGAAUGUUAUUCCUCUCAACUCUGUACUGAUUUUUACAACCGAGCGCAUGUCUAUUAAGAGGAAGUCGCAGUUCGAUCCAAAUUUACUUCUGCAAAUAGGAUUUUGGCUGGUCCUGGCUGGAAUGAUUUUGUACUAUCUGUAUAGAAAGGCAUCUAAGGAAUCUGACAAGCCUGAAACAAAGUCGAGCUAGAAAA